AUGGGGAUGUAUUACUGUGCUGCACGCGAUUAUGAUGCCAUGAACUUCGGGAAGGGUGUGUUUCUGAUGUAUGGGGGUCCAGAUUCCAGGAACCAGCAUCUUACUCAGCAGCCUGUGUCUGAGUCAGUCCAGACAGGAGACUCUGUGACUCUGAACUGUACAAUACACACUGAGACCUGUGCAGGAGAACACAGUGUAUAUUGGUUCAGACAUGGCUCAGGAGAAUCCCGUCCAGGAAUCAUUUACACCCAUGGAGACAGGAGUGAUCAGUGUGAGAAGAACCCUGAGGCUGGGUCUCCUACGCAGAACUGUGUCUACAACCUCCCCAAGAGGAACCUCAGCCUCUCUGAUGCUGGGACUUACUACUGUGCUGUGGCCUCGUGUGGGGAGAUACUGUUUGGGAAAGGGACCAAGCUGGAUGUUGGAGGUCCUAGCCCUGCUGAUCUGGUGGACCCCAAGCUCCUGGCUUUAAUCGUGUCCAACAUCUUGAGCUUGAUCGCCAUCGUUGUCCUCCUCAUCUGUAUGAGAAGGAGGAAAGAAACGCAUCCUCAGCCAAGUGGUCCGGUUGUCCCCAGUUCUCAUAACCAGGAUCAAGAAGAUGAUGACACACUCACGUCAGUCCAUUACGCUGAUCUAAAUGUCAUCCACAAGAAGCCAAAACCCAGAGACAGAGGAGUGCCAUGGAGAGAGACACUGUGUAUUCAGGGGUGAGGUGCCAAAACAUGGACGGAAACAUAGCUUUACCUCCUUUAAGACUUGCAUUGCCUUUUCUGUUAAACACUGUGUUUUAUCAUUAUAAUUGUGUUACAAUUGCUUGUAUUCUGUCAAACUCCUAUUGACAUUACUGUUGUGAUACUGU